AUGCUAUCCUCUGUCAAAGCUGCGUCCACCAGGACCCCACUCCGUAUAGUGGCUGCUUCCAGGGCUUCCAGUAGUUGGGCAAAUGUUCCCCAAGGUCCUCCAGAUGCAAUUCUCGGUAUCACCGAGGCGUUCAAAGCAGAUACUUUCUCGGGGAAAGUAAAUCUCGGAGUCGGCGCUUACCGUGACGACGCCGGCAAGCCCUACGUCCUUCCCUCAGUCCGCACCGCUGAGAAGCGUCUCCUCGACAAAGCGCUCGACAAAGAGUACGCUGGAAUCACCGGUAUUCCAUCAUUUACCAAGGCAGCUGCCACCCUCGCAUACGGCGCAAACUCGCCCAUCCUCGAGAACAUCGCUAUCACACAAUCCAUCUCAGGAACCGGUGCUCUUCGCAUUGGUGGGGCCUUCCUCGAGCGUUUUUGGCCCCACGCAAAGAACAUCUACAUUCCGACACCCUCAUGGGCCAACCACGGCGCCAUAUUCAAGGAUUCUUUGUUGAACGUCAAGCAAUAUAGGUACUAUAACAAGGAGACCAUCGGCCUUGACAUUGAUGGGCUUUUGGCCGACAUCAAGGAUGCGCCAAAGAACUCAAUCUUCCUCUUCCAUGCUUGUGCACACAACCCUACCGGUGUCGACCCGACCCCCGAGCAAUGGCGUGCUAUUUCCGAUGCUGUGAAGAAUAACGCUCACUUUGCUUUCUUUGACAUGGCCUACCAAGGGUUCGCAUCAGGAGACACCGACAAGGAUGCCUAUGCCCUCCGCUACUUUGUCGAGCAAGGUCACCAGGUCGCGCUUUGCCAGUCUUUCGCGAAGAACAUGGGACUCUACGGUGAGCGUGUGGGUGCUUUCUCCCUCCUUGCCGCCGACAAAGCCGAGAAGACGCGGAUCGAUUCACAGAUUAAGAUUCUUGUCCGCCCUCUAUACUCCAACCCCCCCAUUGGCGGUGCUCGUAUCGCGAGCGAGAUCUUGAACGACCCAGAACUCAACAAGCAGUGGCUCGCUGAAGUCAAGGGUAUGGCAGAUCGCAUCAUUAGCAUGCGUGACGCGCUCAAGGAUGGUUUGGCGGCCGCAGGGUCCCAGAAGAAGUGGGAUCACAUCACUAGCCAAAUUGGAAUGUUCUGCUACACAGGCUUGACACCAGAGCAGGUUGGAGAAUUGGCGACUAAGUACUCGAUCUAUGGAACCAAGGAUGGAAGAAUAUCAGUAGCAGGUUUGACAUCAGGCAAUGUCAAAUACGUUGCUGAGUCGAUUCACAAGGUCACCUCUAAAUAG